AUGUGCGGGGCAGGUGAAGAUGCAGACAUCCGAGCCCUGCAGCCCUGCACUGCCUUGGACUCUAGGGCCAGGGCGGCACCUGCCGGCUCCAGGGCGGCUCGGCCCUGCCCCUCCUAUGCGGGGCCGGGCGGUGUCUUCCUUGGGGGCGGGGCGGAGAAGGCGGCGAACCGGACGCGGCGACGCGCAAAGCGGCCAUGCGCAGCGUGGGCGAGCCUGCACGCUGUGGUCAUGCGCGGUGUCUGGCUGUGUCAGAGGCGGGAAAUCUCCUCUUGGUUGGCCCGAUGGUUCCCCAAAGAUCCAGCCAAGCCAGUGGUGGCACAGAAAACACCCAUCAGGUUGGAGCUGGUUGCCGGGAAAACCUACAGGUGGUGUGUUUGUGGCCGAAGUAAGAAUCAGCCCUUCUGUGAUGGCUCCCACUUUUUCCAGCGCACUGGCCUUUCCCCACUCAAGUUCAAGGCCCAAGAGACACGCACAGUGGCCCUCUGUACCUGCAAGGCCACUCGGCGGCCCCCUUACUGUGAUGGUACCCACAAGAGUGAAGAGGUACAGAAAGCGGAAGUAGGCUCCCCGCUCUGAGGGGUACCGCGACUGCGAGCCUCUUCCAGGCUUCCCUUCCUUGAAGGCAGUGGUGCCACCCAUGGGAAGAAACAUCCAAGGACCACAUCUGCUUGUGAGCAGUGGUUCCCUGAGAAACUUGUGCUCUCCUCUUGGGCAGCGGAGAGCAGGCCCUGGUAAAGCUGUCAUUAAAUGCUGAGGCCCACUCUC